AUGCAUAUCUGGAUCCUAAAAAUAAUCUUUCUGAUUGCAUCAUCUCUGAGGCUGGUCGAGAUGUAUGACAAUUAUGGGGAAAUCUGUCGAAACCUGUGUACAUGUGAGGAGAAGGAAGGGAUCCUGACGGUGAGCUGCGAGAACCGGGGGAUCAUCAGACUGACAGAGAUCAGCCCCGUCCAUUUCUCCAUGUACCACCUCCUGCUGACAGGGAACCUCCUGAAGAAGCUGUCAGUCAAUGAUUUCAUCAAUUACACCGGGGUGACCAUCCUGCACUUGGGGAACAAUGAUAUCUCUGAGAUAGAGUCGGGUGCCUUCAACGGACUCCAGGGAUUAAAAAGGUUGCACCUUAAUAACAACAAGAUUGAAGUUUUGAGGGAUGACACCUUUGCAGGACUGGAGAGUUUGGAAUACCUACAGAUUGAUUAUAAUUACAUCACCAAUAUAGAGUCCAAUGCCUUGAGCAAACUACACCAACUGACGGUGAUGAUUUUGAAUGACAACCUGCUCUCAGUCAUGCCUCCGAAUAUCUUCCGGAAUGUUCCCCUUACGCACUUGGACCUGAGGGGGAACCGGUUAAAAAUGUUCCCCUACAUCGGCCUCCUGGAGCACAUGGACAAAGUUGUGGAAUUACAACUGGAAGAGAAUCCGUGGAAUUGCUCCUGUGAGCUCAUUGCUCUGAAGGCUUGGCUAGAGAGUAUAGCCUAUACAGCUCUGGUGGGAGAAGUGGUGUGCGAAACACCGUUCAGGCUCCAUGGUAGAGACCUGGAUGAGGUGUCAAAGCAGGAACUCUGCCCAAGAAGACCCCCGGAAGACACGGUGAGGCCUGCACCCCCUAGCAGCACCAAUGGAUAUUACCAGACCACACCUGCUGCUGUCACAGCCUCUGCCACCUCCUCAGCUGUUUUUAGGUCCUCUUCUAGGCCUACCAAGGGCACACGGCAAUUUAACAGAACUAGGUUAAAGCCCACCUCUCGAAUACCAGGCGGUAACCCAUACAACUAUGGCCCCAUCAUUGCUUUUCAGACCAAAUCUCCUGUGCCUUUGGACUGCCCCACUGCCUGCACUUGUAAUCUGCAGAUAUCUGAAAUUGGGCUAAAUGUCAACUGCCAAGAGAGGAAGAUUGAAAGCAUUUCUGAUCUAAAACCCAAGCCAUACAAUCCUAAAAAAAUGUAUCUUACUGGAAAUUAUAUCCCUGUGGUACGGAGAUCAGAUUUUGUUGAUGCCACUGGAUUGGAUUUGCUUCACCUGGGAAACAACAGGAUAACUCUGAUCCAUGACCGAGCUUUUGGGGAUUUAACCAACCUGCGUAGGCUGUAUUUAAAUGGUAAUCUCAUGGACAGGCUUACAGGAGAAAUGUUUUUUGGUUUGCAGAACUUGCAGUAUCUUUAUUUAGAGUACAACAAAAUCAAGGAGGUCGAUGCGGGCACUUUCCGCUACCUUCCUAAUCUUCAGCUGCUUUUCCUCAACAAUAACCUCCUGAAAACCUUACCUGUGGGCAUCUUUUCCAGCCUCUCCUUGUCUAGGCUUAAUCUGCGCAACAACCAUUUCCAAAACCUGCCUGUGAGUGGUGUUUUAGAUCAGUUAAAGCUGCUGGUGCAGAUAGAUCUGUUUGAAAACCCCUGGGACUGCUCCUGUGACAUAGUGGGGAUGAAGAUAUGGCUCGAGCAGCUCAGUGCAGGCACUGUGGUUAACGAGGUUGUGUGCGAGACGCCCAAACGCCACACAGGAAUGGACCUGCGCUCUAUCCAGUCGGAGCAGCUCUGCCCAGACUACUCUGACGCUUAUGUCUCACCGACUCCCCCUACGGACGAGCCCAUGGAUGACCGGAUCGUCACCACAGAUGCUCCACAGAAGAUCAACACCCCCAGCAGCACUGUCCCCCUCUCUGUCCUCAUCCUCAGCCUCCUGCUUGUUUUCAUCAUGUCUGUCUUUGUGGCCGCGGGGCUGUUUGUCGUAGUGAUGAAAAAGCGCAAAAAGUCCCAGAGUGACCGCACUAGCACCAACAAUUCGGACGUCAGCUCUUUCAACUUGCAGUACAGCCUCUACAGCAACCGCUCUGGCCCUAAAGUCAAAGCCCCAGCCGGCCAUGUCUACGAGUAUAUUCCACAUCCCAUGGGCCAUAUGUGCAAAAACCCCAUAUAUAGGUCAAGGGAAGGAAACACAGUGGAGGAUUACCGUGACCUCCACGAGCUCAAAGUCACAUACAGGAGUACCCCGGAUGAGGAGAGGGAUAGCAGUACGAUGAGGAGCCCCACGUACAGUGUUAGCACCAUUGAGCCACGUGAAAACCCCUCCCCUGUCCAGGAUGCUGACCAUUUCUUCAGAGGCAUCCUUGACCCCGAUAAGCAGUCCCCCCAUCAGUCCAUCCCAUCUAUCCCAGCAGGUGCCAAUUUAGAGUACAAGUACACAGGGCCUGUGUCAUACACGUACAACCCAAAUUUUGAUGUCAGACGUCAGUUCUUGCACCCGGAGAGGAUAAGAGAAACAAUGCUCUAUGGCACAGCACCCAGUACUGUUUAUGUUGAGCCCAACAGAAAUGAGUAUUUGGAGUUAAAAGCUAAACUGCAGUCUGAGCCCGAUUACCUCGAAGUUCUUGAGAAACAGACCACCUUUAGCCAGUUUUGA